AUGACUACGCUAAUUAUUAAAUUAAUAAUCAUUGUUAAUUUGAUUAUAACGGUUGCGGUUGCACAACCAACAAUUAUACGUUGUUGUCAUGGUUCCGUAAUGGCAGAAGAUAGAAUUUAUAUUGGAGGUGGUCUUACAGGAAAAGAAAAUGAAAACAUUUUUACAAAUGAUUUUUUUUCUUUCGAUUUAAGCGUUCCAUUUUCUACAACUAAUAUGCAAUAUGAAGUUCACGCAAAAGUUCCUAUAAUGAGCGUAGCUCAUACACUUGUGUAUGCGAAAAGUGCAAAGGGUGGAAUGAUUUAUUUGUUUGGUGGUCAUAGAAUAGAACCUAUUGGAGAUCCUAUAUACGGAUAUUCCCCAGAGAAACAAGCAUGGAGCUCCGUAACACCAAAAGUUAAUGGUGGCAUUAUGAUGCCAAUUGAAUCUAGUACCAAAAUUGUCGGUAUUUCAGAUGGAAACUUAGGAACCAUCUACUUAUUUGACAAUGGAACCAUGUAUAUUUAUGAUGUAUUGAAUAAUUUUUGGAAUCCUGGUAAAAUCGCGCCUCACAAGCUUAAUUAUUAUGCCGCUGUUAUGUUAAAUACAAGUGAAAUUGCAUACAUUGGUGGUUCUGAUGGUACAAUAAACCUUCCUAUGGAUCAGAUCCUUUUAUAUAACACAAAAGUAUCAUUAUGGUAUACAAAGAAUGCAAAAACAAAUGAUAUAAUUCCAUCACCACGGACAGGCCAUACGGCAUCUAUAGCACCUGAUGGUCGGAUCUUUGUAUAUGGUGGUUUUGACGGUGAUGAUGAAUCAGGAAGUACUCCCACGUUCGCAGUCCUUGAGUACGAUGGUGAUGAGUUCGUAUGGUACUCUCCUCAACUAUUUAAUCCGUCAUCUGUUAUGAGAAUCUACCAUACCUCACACGUAGUCGGAGAUUAUUUGAUCGUUGCUUUCGGGCGGAAUUUAACACAUGUUAGAUUGAAUACAAUUGAUCUGAUUAAUAUAAAGAAUAAAGAUACAAUCUCUGCUAGCUUUAACACUUAG